AUGAGAAUCAUUAUUGAGGAGCAUCCAAACGUGUUGGACGUUUCGGAGUUGUUACGCCCUGAGCCCAAGUUUGUCGAUAAGGAGGUGUCCAAGUUCCGGGAUUACACAGUGGACGAGAAUGAUCCGCUCAAGGAGCGUGUCCGGCGCACGUACAAGCUUAUGCAUACCCAUCAAACGGUUGACUUUGUGAAAGGUCGCCAUGCCGAUUGGCUCAAGUUUGAUCAUUUCAAAGCAACGAUCCGGCAAGCGCUGGAAAAGCUGAACGAUCUAGUUGAUGAGUCAGAUCCGGAUCUGGAUCUGCCGAACAUUGUGCACGCCUUCCAGACGGCUGAGCGUGCGCGUGAAGAGUUCCCGGAGUUGGACUGGCUGCAUCUGACCGGACUGAUACACGAUCUAGGCAAAGUGAUGGCUUUUUACGGUGAACCACAGUGGGCCGUAGUGGGCGAUACGUUCCCUGUUGGAUGCGAAUGGGGUCCGAGCAUUGUAUAUCGGGAGGAUAGCUUCGUUGAUAAUCCGGAUGGUGAUAAUCCAAAGUACAACACUAAAAAUGGUAUGUACCAGCCCAGCUGUGGAUUGGAGCAGCUGACCAUGUCCUGGGGCCACGACGAAUAUUUAUAUCGGGUGCUGAAGCACAACGGAAGUACGCUUCCGGACCAGGCAUUGCAUAUGAUCCGCUACCAUUCGUUCUAUCCUUGGCAUUCGGGUGGAGACUAUCAUCAUCUGACCAACGAGAAGGACGAACAAACCAAGCAGUGGGUGUUGAUGUUCAAUCGGUAUGAUCUGUACACUAAAUCAACCACACUGCCGGAUAUCGACGCAUUGUGGCCAUACUAUCAGGGAUUAAUCGACAAAUACUGUCCAGGGGAGCUGGCAUUUUAAUCGAAAUCUUACCACAAAACCACUUCAAAACCUCAUGUUUACAAUUAGCAAAUGGCAAAACUGUUCCGGAUAAAUUGAUCAUUUCGUCUGUCCGAAGAAAACAAAAAGUAAAUAGUCAAUAGUGAAUGCAGUGAUUACCUACUUUUCCUAGACGAAAUGGUACAAAUGUUUAUAUUAAACAAAAACUGUGCGGCUCAUCGAUUCCAAUCAUGCAAGACAACUGUGAUGAAUGCCCAAUUGUUCAGUCCCGAGUGGUAAUAUAACCUGGCACAACAUUCAGCUCAUCAAUGCGGGAUGAGUUGUUAAAUGAAAAGAGGCGAAUGUAGCUGCCCAGCUCAAAGUCUCUAUAAAAAUAACAAACAACAACAGUUGUUAAUUGAUGGAAGGCAACAUAAAAUUAACGAUUAUCGUUACCCUGG